CGCAGGAUGGAGGAGGAGAUGCAGCCGGCGGAGGAGGGGCCCAGCGUCCCCAAAAUCUACAAGCAGCGCAGCCCCUACAGCGUCCUCAAGACGUUCCCCAGCAAGAGACCGGCGCUGGCCAAGCGCUACGACAGACCCACCCUGGUGGAGCUGCCGCACGUCCGGCCGCCGCCGCCCCCGCCGCCCUUCGCGCCGCACGCCGCGGUCUCCAUCAGCAGCAGCGAGCCGCCGCCGCCGCCGCAGCAGCAGCAGUUCCAGGCGCAGAGCUCCUACCCCGCCGGGCCCGGCCGGGCCGCCGCCGCCGCCUCGUCGUCGUCUCCAUCCUGCACGCCCGCCGCGUCCCAGGGCCACCUGAGGACUCCGGCGCCGCCGCCGGCGGCCCCCGCCGCCUCCUCAUCCUCGUCCUUCGCCGCCGUCGUCAGGUAUGGCCCGGGCCCGGCGGCCGCCACGGGCAGCAGCAGCGCGGGCAGCGACGGCGCCAGCCUGGAGCUCAGUGCAGAGAGUCGAAUGAUCUUGGAUGCCUUUGCCCAGCAAUGCAGUCGAGUUCUUAGUCUCUUAAAUUGUGGAGGAAAGCUUCUGGACUCCAACCAUUCCCAAUCCAUGAUUUCUUGCGUAAAGCAGGAAGGCUUGAGUUAUACCGAAAGACAGGAGCAGUGUCCCAUCGGGAAAGGGGUCCACAGUCAGACCUCUGAUAACGUAGAUGUAGACAUGCAAUAUAUGCAAAGGAAACAACAGACUUCUGCCUUUUUGAGGGUUUUCACUGACUCCCUACAAAAUUACCUGCUCUCAGGGAGUUUCCCGACUCCAAACACAUCAUCGGUCAGUGAGUACGGCCAUCUGGCCGACGUGGAUCCUCUGUCAACCUCCCCCGUGCACACACUAGGUGGCUGGACCUCCCCGGCGACCUCCGAAUCCCAUGGUCACCCAUCCUCUUCCACACUGCCAGAAGAGGAGGAAGAAGAGGAAGAGGAAGGCUACUGUCCGAGGUGCCAGGAGCUGGAGCAGGAGGUUAUUUCCCUGCAACAAGAAAAUGAAGAGCUCAGACGGAAAUUGGAGAGCAUCCCAGUGCCCUGCCAAACCGUUCUGGAUUACCUGAAGACUGUGCUACAGCACCAUAACCAGCUCCUGGUCCCGCAGCCCGCCGAGCAGCCCACCGAGGGAAGCAAGCAGCUGCUGAACAACUAUCCUGUCUACAUAACGAGCAAACAGUGGGACGAGGCUGUAAAUUCUUCCAAGAAAGACGGGCGACGGCUCCUUCGAUAUCUCAUCAGAUUUGUUUUCACAACCGAUGAGCUUAAGUACUCAUGCGGCCUUGGGAAAAGGAAAAGGUCAGUGCAGUCAGGAGAGACAGGUCCUGAAAGACGCCCUCUGGAUCCAGUUAAAGUAACAUGCCUCCGAGAAUUCAUUAGGAUGCACUGUACCUCCAACCCCGACUGGUGGAUGCCCUCGGAGGAGCAGAUAAACAAAGUGUUCAGCGACGCCGUGGGGCACGCCCGGCAGGGGCGGGCGGUGGGGACUUUCCUGCACAACGGCGGCUCGUUCUAUGAAGGGAUCGACCACCAGGCUUCCCAGGAUGAGGUCUUCAAUAAAAAUUCCCAGGAUGGGUCCGGGGAUUAGUGGACAGAAUCUUGACACUGGAGCAGCUGGUCCUCACGAGUUCCAGUUGUCCACAUCCUGUUACCCUCACCUGCGAGUCCAAAGCACGUCCUUCUGCCAGACUUGACACAUCUCAAACCUUAAGUCUCUGACCUACUGCCACCAUUCCCAAACAGGAAUCCAUUUUAGGGUUUUUUGGGAAGUCUAUGGAACCUACAAUAGGCUUUCAGGAGAUUACAAAAAGCAAAGAACCACAAUUGCGUUGAAUUGAUUGCUAGCUAGACAGUGAGGCUGAAAACAAUAGGGGAGCUCCUGGUCACGUCUCCGAAACCUUCACGUAAGCUCUGCUUCCCGAGCAGAGCCGGUCCCCAUGGAAGGCCGGGUUAGAGUAGAGAAGACAGAGACAUGGAGUUAUUUUAAGGGACAACAAACAAACAUUCUCUUACUUUAAUUCAAAUAAGUUGUCUUUAUAUUUUCCAAAGACCUGAAUUCCUACUUCUCAGCAAAGACAUAGGAUAAGUGACACUGUGCUGUCUCAGCAUUGACAAAGCCUCUGAAAAACCCAGAGAAAAGAGGUCACUGCUAGGCAAUGAUUCAUUGGAAAUCAGGUGGGGUUUUUUCCAGUUAUUUUAGAAUAACUGAAAAAAUAGAAUAACCCCCCCCGCCGCCAAAAAAAUUUUUAUUAUGUUGAUCAAAAAGGCACUACAUGAUCUCUGGAGUUUACAAACAGUAAGUUUUCGUUAUGUCAGUCAAGAAAUCUCCAAAGAUCCAAAACGCUUUUCAAACGCUUGAUUUCGUAGGUUCAUAGACCCACAGUUUCCAUAGCCUUAACUCAGACUUUGUUGAUGCAAUGCCAAAGUGAUGGGUUGAGCAAUGAGAGUUUUAACCACUCGGCUGUUCGGCGCACUGAAGACCGAACAAGUGGUGUGACUGAUGGUAUUCACUGAAUUGACCAGAUGUUCGGGAAUUGUGUACACACAGCUUCAAGGCCAUUCUGACAACUAUGCAAUGGGCUUGUCUGUAAUUGCUCUGAAAUGUGAGGGUCUUUCUCUGAGUAGAUCUUUAGAAUUUGCAUAAAUUUUUGUUUCUUAUUGUCACUGAUGAAAAUGUUUCAUCCCAACUGUUUUGCUGUUUGGCAUCUCCUUCCCGCCCAACCCCCGCCCCGCAAUGUAGUUCCCUUGAACUACAAGCUCUGGCUAAGUUCACACUAAACUCCCACUUGUUUCCUCCAGUUUAAUUGGUUGAGCUCCUUCUGUGAAUGACUACUGUCUUCAGGAGCAUUCCUUACGUACAAACUACAGGGAUACCAGAAUCUGUUUCUGAGGACUUCCGGGUUGGCUGGCGGGAGCAGCCUCCUCUAUCUCAUUUAAUCCGAUUGUUACGUUCUUUGUGGAGCCUAGCGCUCAGUGGGCAGAAGUGACUGAAGGCUAUUAAUGUCGUCUACAGACAUGACUAAGGGUUUUGAAAAUUGGUUGGAAAUUCAUUUAAAGUUCAUGAGCAUUUUGUAACCAUUUUUUGUGAGACAGUAAAUUAUCCUUUAUGUUCAGUAGUUAGCAUCAACUAUAUACAUGGUCCUGGAAAUAGGCCCGUCUUGA